GAGGGGAUCAACCCUCAGUGAUGCAGAAGGAGGGCCUACACCAGGUCUUGUGAGCUGCCAUGUGUUUGAAGGGCAGGACCAAUAAGCCUCACCAUGUAUAAAUAUCCCUGGUCCCUAGGGGCUCUGGUAGACUCCAUUGGCUCAUCCUUUGCUAAGUCUGAAAACAAACUGAGCACCAUGAAGCUGUUCCUGUGUCUUCUGUUGGUCAUCCUGGCUAUUCAUUGCUAUGAAGCUAAUGCUGCAAGAGUCUGUCCAUCAGUUGUUGCUGUAAACAAUGCUUUCCUAUUUACUAACCAGAAAGAAUUUCAGUCACAUAUUAAGAAAUUUAACGCGCCUGCAGAGGCUGUUGAAGCAAAAAUGGAAGUGAAGAAAUGUGUAGACAGCAGUAUGAACGAUGCACAGAAAGCAGAAAUGGAAAAAAUAAUGGCAGAAGUCGUUUCGUAUUGUAAACAAAAGGAACAAUGAAACAUGGCUCUUCCUGGUCUCCAUUGCUUCUCACAGAUAAACUGACUUUCCUUGGCCAAUGUGAAGGUUUCAACGUCUUGCACUAAUAAAUUACUCUCCUUGCAUGUUA